AUGAUAUACACUCGAUGGGCCAGUACCUCCGCCCGUCAAACAAAACAACUGGCUCGAUGGCUUAAGCGACUCGGUAAAGCUAAGCUGCGUGAUUCCAAGGAUAUCACCAGCCGCUCCAAUGUUCUAUUCUACGAGGUUCAAGAAGCGUUACGACAAGUCCAUCCUCAAGCUAAAGUUGAUACUAUAGCGAAUCCGGUUGACUUGAUGGAAGCAUUUUAUGUUGCUCGUCAUCGGCCGUUUGUUGAGGUGGACGUUGAUAUUGUCUUUCAACUGACUGAGGGCGGUGGGUUUGGGUUUGUCCCGAAGUCUUACGCCAAUGGCCUCACAGCAUCUGAUAUUCCUAGCGGUGCCCUCACCGCAGUGUACGUGCCCAAAUGUGUUGUGGGUGAUCGUGUGCGAGCAAAGCUUACUGUCCAUCAUCAAACUCACACUGAAGCUGACUUGGUGAAGGUGUUGGAGCCGUCACCGCGGCGAGAUGAUAAUCUUAUCGUGUGCAACAAAUUUGAUCGAUGCUCAGGGUGUACAUUUCAAAUGGUAUCAUAUGAAGACCAAUUACAAACGAAGCAGCUGUUUAUCCAGCGGGCUUACCGUUACUUUUACCCAGCUCUCGCUCAGGACGAGGGGUUUGGCUUUGUGGUAGAGUCGCCAUUGCAAUACCUGUAUCGCAACAAGCUCACGCCUCAUUAUAAACUCAGGAAGGAUACCAUUGACUAUGAUGAGGUGCCGAUAGGGAUGUUGGAUGUGAGACUGGGGACGGUGGACGUUGACCAUUGUCCUAUCGCCACGCCUGCCAUCAAUAAGGCGUUGCCAUUUGUUCGUAGGCAAGCUCGAGAGGCGAUGUCUGAACAAAGUCCUCGGGAGUACACUCUUCUCUUGAGAGAUAGCUUACACGUUGAAGCCAACGGCAACCAUCGCCAGGUGUGUUUGGAGGGUCCUAACAAAAUCAUCACUCAGAAAGUGGGUAAAAACCUUUUCCAAUUUAAUCUGGCGCUGUUUUUUCAGAACAACAGUUUCAUCAUGCCCGAUAUAAUUGAUUAUAUCAAGCACUUUCUCGAGGGUUAUCAAUACAAAUAUGUUAUUGAUGCCUAUUGUGGACUGGGCUAUUUCUCAGUGGCUUUGGCUAAAGGAACCGAUGCUGAAAAGACAUUUGGCAUUGAAAUUGAUAAAGAGCUGAUCAAAUAUGCUACUCAUAACGCUAAGCUCAACGGCAUGGGCGAGAAAGUCACGUUUGUUCAGGGUGAUGCCACAAACAUGUUUGACCGCGUAGAGUUCAAGGAGUUGAAUCUUUCCGGUGACGAUACUGUGGUGGUCAUGGAUCCUUCUAGAAAGGGUCUGACUCCUCAAUUCAUGCAACAGUUGUAUGAAUUUGGUCCUAAGGUGGUAGUGUACGUGAGUUGUAAUGUGAUGACUCAGGCGCGUGACUUGGCAAUGCUUGAACGCAUUGGCAAGGAAUCGGAUGGGGUUAAGUAUAAAGUUCUGAGUGUGGUGGGGUUUGACUUGUUUCCCCAAACUAAGCAUGUGGAGACCGUGGCAAUCUUAGAACGUAUAUAG